GGCGUGGGGUGGGGUGUGAAGGAAAAAGAAUGGAGAAAUCGGAUCGGCGGAGGCGCAGGCGCUUGUGGACCUGCCUAACUAACUCCGCCCCUCCUCCUCCUCCUCCUCCUACAUUAUUCCCGCGCGGUCACCCGCUCUCGCCGCCGCCGCUGCCUGCUACAGCCUGAAGUGGCGCGAGCGAAGGCCGGGCGCGCGCCGCUCCUGCUUUCCUCUGAGGGUAUACAAGGGUCUUGCGUGAGGCGCAGCCGCGCCCCCUUCCCGUGGGGCCAUGUCAGUUUCUCCCGUGAAGAGGCAGAAAAUGGAGUCGGCGCUGGAGCAGCUCAAGCACCACACCACGGUGGUGGCCGACACCGGGGACUUCAACGCCAUUGAGGAGUACCAGCCUCUGGAUGCUACAACUAAUCCUUCCCUGAUAUUAGCUGCUGCCCAGAUGCCAGCUUACCAGCAAUUGGUAGAAGAUGCUGUUGCAUAUGGAAGGAAACUUGGUGGGUCAGAAGAUGACCAGGUUACAAAUGUUUGUGACAAGCUUUUUGUACUGUUUGGGGCAGAAAUAUUGAAGAGAAUACCUGGCCGUGUGUCCACAGAAGUAGAUGCAAGGUUGUCUUUUGACACAGAAGGCAUGGUUAAGAGGGCCAGACACUUCAUAGAACUUUAUAAGGAAGUAGGAAUUAGUAAAGAUCGUAUUCUCAUCAAGCUAUCAUCAACAUGGGAGGGCAUCCAGGCUGGCAAGAUUCUGGAAGAGCAGCAUGGGAUUCAUUGCAACCUGACCUUGCUGUUUUCCUUUGCUCAGGCUGUUGCUUGUGCAGAGGCAGGGGUCACCCUCAUUUCUCCUUUUGUUGGACGUAUCCUGGACUGGCAUGUUGCAAAUACAGACAAAAAGGCCUAUGAGCCAUCAGAGGAUCCAGGGGUGAAAAGUGUUACUAAAAUCUACCAUUACUACAAAAAGUUUGGCUAUAAAACUAUUGUGAUGGGAGCUUCAUUUCGAAACACUGGAGAAAUCAAAGCUCUGACUGGCUGUGAUUAUCUCACCAUUUCACCUAAGCUUCUGGGAGAGCUCAGUAAAGAUAGCAGCAAGCUGACACCAGUGCUCAGUGUCAAAGAUGCCCAGGCAUCUGACAUGGAGAAAAUCCAUCUGGAUGAGAAGACAUUCCGCUGGCUCCAUAAUGAAGACCAAAUGGCUGUGGAGAAGUUGUCUGAUGGGAUCAGAAAGUUUGCUGCUGAUGCAGUUAAACUGGAGAAAAUGAUAAAGGAACGAAUAUUCAGUGCUGCAAAUGGAAAGUAGACUCACCAAGCUACUUGGAUGCUGAAUAGAUGUAAAACUAUCUACAUUCUGCAUAUGAAUGGGGUUUCUGUGCUUUCUAUAUGGAUUUGCAAGGAGGAAAAAAUCAUGUGUGGCAUUUGUCAAAAUUGGUGCAAUGGAGAAUCCACUGGCUGGGAAUUAAACAGUUAUAUUCCACAUAGACUGUAAAUUGCAAAUAAAGGACCAACUGUUUGACAAGUUUCCCCCUCUAAGAUGGUACAUAAAGGCCUCCACUAUUUGUAUCUUAGGAAUAAAACAUAGUAUACUAAUUUA